CGAUCGUGGCAAAAGUUUGGUGAGCAUGAGAAAGUUGGCACUACCUUUAUUGAACGAUCUUUUCGCCCGUGCUUAUCGCCUUGUUCUUAAAUUCAAUUCGAGUCCCUAGCCACAAUCGAAGAUGGGUAGGGAGGACAAGGCAACCUGGAAAUCCAACUAUUUUACAAAACUAAUCCAACUUUUGGAAGAAUAUCCAAAAUGUUUCAUUGUGGGCGCAGACAAUGUCGGCUCGAAGCAAAUGCAGCAAAUCCGCAUUUCGCUCAGAGGAUCUGCUGUGGUCCUUAUGGGUAAGAACACCAUGAUGCGUAAAGCAAUCAAGGGACAUCUUGAAUCCAAUCCUUCUUUGGAAAAAAUUUUGCCCCAUAUCAAGGGCAAUGUGGGCUUUGUUUUUACACGUGGAGAUCUUGUUGAAAUCAGAGACAAAUUAUUGGAGAACAAGGUCCGUGCCCCAGCUCGUGCUGGUGCUAUUGCCCCUCUACCGGUUGUAAUCCCAGCUCAGAAUACUGGACUACCACCUGAAAAAACUUCUUUCUUUCAAGCUUUGAGUAUCCCAACGAAAAUUGCUAAGGGUACUAUUGAAAUCGUUAAUGAUGUCAACAUUCUGAAGCCUGGAGACAAAGUGGGUGCUUCAGAAGCAACUCUUCUGAAUAUGUUAAAUAUUUCUCCAUUUUCAUACGGUUUGCAAGUAGUUCAGGUUUAUGAUUCUGGCACUAUUUUUGCUCCAGCCAUUUUGGACAUAAAACCUGAAGAUUUAAGAGAGAGGUUUUUGGCAGGAGUGGCUAACAUAGCAUCUGUAUGUUUAACAAUUGGCUAUCCAACUGUUGCUUCUGUGCCACAUAGUAUCGCUAAUGGGUUCAAAAAUCUUCUGGCCCUUGCAGCAGUUACUGACAUCGACUUUAAGGAGGCUGCUACAAUCAAGGAGUAUAUUAAGGAUCCAUCUAAGUUUGCAGCUGCUGCGGCCCCAGCUGCUGCAGCUCCUGCAGCCGCUGCUCCAGAAGCUAAGAAGGAAGAAAAGAAAGAGGAGUCUGAAGAAGAAGAUGACGAUAUGGGAUUCAGUCUUUUUGAUUAGAUUGAUUGUUGCUUUGCUAAGCCAGACUGUCAAUAAAGAAUGAAACUGUU